GGAAGGGAUAUGAACCACUCUUUAACAUUUCUCUAUAAAUUAAGCUUCUCCCACUUAGAAGUUUACUUGAGGCAUUCGUGGGCCUUGUGACCAAUUAUUGGUUUGAAACGGCCCAAAACCUGGCUUUUAUUAAGGCAGCCGCCUUUUGCCACGCUUACUGGGUGUGCGAGGCGUUAAACAGACGCCUCACGCCUAAACACGCCUGGGCGGCGCUUUUUCACGCGUUUUAGAACACUGACUUCAGGUACUAAAUCGGCCUUUUUCUCAAUUCCUAGCUAUAGUCUGAGAUUAACAAACACUGCCUUAAAAAUUGUCUAGCUUUAUCAUUAGGAGUUCCAAUGCUACCGGGAUAGAGAUAGUAAUUAUAAAAACGUAAUUUGCCCUAAGUUUACAUCAGAAUUGCGCAGACUCAAGUUUUGGGCAGAAUACGUUAUGGCAAUCGCCUCAACCUCGAUGAUCAGGGCGAAUACUCUUCUGCGGUCGUUUGGAUGCAGAGAGCUUUCAUCACCAUUCUCCCACCCAGUUACUCCAUUACGUUUCUUCCAAUCGUCAAAAUUCACGCGUGUGACUCUUGAAAGUUCAAGAUCACAACUUUCUAUCCGUGGGGUUGCUGUAACAAACCAAAAUCACACUCUGAGCGAGCAAAGCCUACCUAGAAUAGCUUCAUGCGAUGCCCUGAAGUCGAUUAUGAAACAUUAUCAAGCUGCUGCCCUGCUGUUAUUCGGAUUGCUGCUUGUUAAAACCAGCUUUCCUUGUUACCCAGCAUUUUCUCUACCCACACCUGCACCUGUUGUUGAUUCUUCAUCCUCAACACCACACGAUGAUGACGUGAUUGUACUCAAAGAGAGACACUUAUAUAUAUUUCUACUGGUCUAUCUUUUUGCCUUGUUUGCAUUUUUUGACUUCACUACUGCUAUCAAAUUUCAGGUUGCAUUUCAUGGACCUGUGGAUUCACUAUACCACGAUCUUUGUGAAAUGAAUGUAUUAAAGAAGAUAUUUGGAUUCACUGAAGGAUUCAAAGGGGCACUAUCGUGUUUACGUCGAUACUCUAAAUACGCCAUCAAUUAUAGUUAUGAUGUGCAUGUUGACAGAAAUUUUUUACUGUCUAAUAAUAGAGCCCACCAGAUAUUUGAAGAAGAAAGAUUGAAGAUUAACAAUGCAAGGCAAGUUUCUGCUGACAACUUAGGAAUAAAAGAGAAUGAUGCAGAUGAUCAUAAUGAUUAUUUGAUGGUUACCAUCACAGCGCAAUUAUUUUGGAUGCACUCAGAACUAAAUACCAUAAACAACGACACAGGUUUAGAUGAAGUUUUGCAAAAGCUCUUUUCAUUUUCAUCAAACAACAACAUAGAGGGCACCAUUGAUCAUGGACUAUGGCUUCAGAAAUCUUCUACAUCUAUACGGAUUUUGGCUUAUUCUGAUGCUGAUUGGGCUGGUUGUCCUGACAGUUCACGGUCUACAACCGGGUUUGCUAUUUUCUUGGGUCCUAAUCUCGUCUCAUGGAAAUCCAAAAAGCAACCUACAGUGUCAAAGUCUUCCACUGAGGCCGAAUAUCGGGUCAUUGCCUAUACAAUUCAGGACACCAUACACAUCGGAUCUAUCUUGUUCGAGUUGGGUUACCCAGUUCGUGAACCAGUUCGUCUUCUGUGUGAUAAUAUCUUGUCCUCUUAUUUGACGGCCAAUCCGGUCCAGCACGCUCAGAGCAAGCAUAUUCAGAUUGAUUACCAUUUUGUUCGUGAGAGAGUGGCUCAUGGAGAUUUACUUGUUACAUAUGUUCCUACUCAUCUUCAGUUAGCUGAUAUUUUUACAAAAAGUCUUUCUAGUCAGCAAUUUCAUUUUUUAAAAGACAACAUGCGCGUUGUAUCUCCCGCACAGUUUGAGGGGGUGUAAUAGCUAAUAUUAAUUAGGAAUCAUUCUGUAUUUAGGAAACUUAUUAUUAUAAAUACAUUUCUUAGGACCCUCAUUAGGGUAACCUGUGCCAAUUAUUC